AUGAGUUCAAAGUCAGCGGCAGCCAUCUUACAGCGACAAUUUAAGGACUUGACUGACCCUAAAAAGGGGAUUCCAUCUUUUCAUAUUGAGUUAGAUGAUGACAACAUCUUCCUUUGGAAUAUUGGAAUAAUGGUAUUGAACAAAGACUCUAUGUACCAUGGGGGCUAUUUCAAAGGUCAAAUGAGAUUUCCCAGCGAUUUUCCUUUUUCCCCUCCAACCUUCAGAUUUACGCCUGCCAUCUACCACCCGAAUGUCUACAGAGAUGGGCGCUUAUGUAUUUCAAUAUUACAUCAAGGUGGUGAUCCUACAUCAGAAGAACCCGAUAGCGAGACUUGGACUCCCGCACAGACUGUGGAAUCUGUUUUGAUUUCCAUCAUUUCGUUGUUGGAGGAUCCAAACGUUUCAUCUCCUGCUAAUAUUGACGCUUCCGUCGAAUUAAGAAAAAAUCCUGAAGCGUACAAAAAGAAGGUCUUGCAGGAAGUUGAAAGAUCCAAAGCCGACAUACCAGAAGAUUUCAUCACUCCUGAAUCCGAAUUAUUUGCAUAUUCUAAUGGUAAUCUUCCUGGUAAAGACAUAGAACAAGAUCCUGUUGAUGAAGACUUCUGGUAUGAUAGUGAAGAAGAAGAAAGCUUUGAUGAAGAGAGCUUAAUGGAUGAUAUGGAAGAUAAUGAUGACGACGAGGAAGAAGAGGAAGAGGAUGAUGACGUAGAUUUAGUAGGAAAAUGA